AUGGCAUGUCCUCUCGUACCGGAGCUCCGAGACUCCUUCACUUUCCUUUUCGAGACUGGCUCGUAUUCUGACCUCGUUGUCAAGAGCUCCGUAAAGACUUACAAUAUUCUGGACAAACACGCCAGGUCUGGAAUCUAA